AUGGAGCCGCCGCGGGGCCCAAGGAAGCCUCUGUCAGGGAGGAGAGCCAGGUCUCUGGACAGGCUGCGGAGCCCCCAGCAGGAUUCAGAGUCGUGGGACUGCCGGUGCAUUUCCGGGCCCACCAGCCCCUCCAGGAGGAUGCUGCGCCGGACGGCCAGCGAUGGGGCCAGAUGUCCCAAGAGCCCAGCUCAGUCUGCGGAGGCUCAGGGCACCACGGCUGCAGCCCUCAGCCCGGAGGAGACCAGGGAGUUUCUCCCCAGUGAGCAGAGGCCUCCGCAGGACACCAAGAAGGACAAGGCCCAGGGUCGGGCCCAGCAGGGCUGGCUGAGGGCCAUGAUGAACUUCUUAUUUGGGACUGGCCCUGAGGAGCCCAAGGAAAAGACCAACAAGAGGGCCAAGGGGAAGGAGGGCCUCCCCGAGCCCGCAGAAACCCCCGAGACACUGGGCGAACCAGCUCCCAGGAAGAAAGCCCACAGCAAGAAGGCCAGCCGCAAGAAACACGGUCACAAGAAACAUGGUGCUGAGGAAACCAAGGGGAUCCGAGAUCAGGAGGCCAAAGGGCAGGAGGCCAAGAUGGCUGGUGCCUCAUGCUGCGAGGAGGCUGCUCCGGGCCCAGCAGCUGGGGGAGGGGAAGUUUCUGACCUCCGCCAGUUCUCCCUUCUUGAAGGUGGAGGUGCUGGAGUCCGGAAGGUUUCUUCCCAAGCCACAGGUCACCAGGGGGAAGAGGAGCUCGGAAAACCUGACAAGGAUACCAUCAUUCAGAAGAUAGUGGAAUUGCUCCAAAAAGUGGGAGACCAGUGGGAAGAAGAGCAGCGUCAAGCCCCUCAGCCAGAGGUGGCUCCUCAAAACCCAGCACCAGGCUUCAGGAAGAAACCCCAAGAGAGAAAGUCUACCCUCAAGAAAGCCUUUUCUCAUAAGAAACAUGGUUCUGAGGAACCCAAGAGAGCACGGGCUGCAGAUGUUUCCAGCCCAGAGUCCCGGCCGCCCAAGAGGCCCAGCUUUCUGCCCCUGUGUGUUGGUGGCCAUCGGCCCUCCAGCUCCAGCAGCCCAGGUGUGGAAGAACCUGAGGUCCAAGAGGCUCUGUCUACAGACGGUGGGGAUCCAAGUCCCUUCGAGCUUUCCAACCCAGCAGGAAGCCGGGGACCCGAAGAGGACCUGCAGCUGGACAGAGCCUCGGAAUUCAAAUUUAUCCAGAAGAUCCUUGACCUACUCCAAGAUGCAGAGGAGCAGCGGGGAGACAAGCAACUUCAAGUCCAGGAGCCAGAAGUGGCUGUAGGAAACCUGGCCCCAACCUCCAGGAAGAAAUCACAAGAGAAAAAGUCCAGUUUCAGAAAAGCCUUUUCUCAUAAGAAACAUGGCUUCAAGGAGCCCAAGAGAGGGGGUGCUGCAGGUGCUGCCAGCCCAGACUCCCGGCCGCCAAAGAGGCCCAGCUUUCUGCCCCUGUGUGUUGGUGGCCAUCGGCCCUCUAUCUCCAGCAACCCUGAUCCGGAGGAUGUGGAGUUCCAGGAGUCCUCGCCUGCAGAAGGGGGGCCAGUUGGAUCCUCAGAAGCACCCUCCCAGGCCAGAAGCCACAAGCCAGAAGCAGGACCUCAGCCAGAUGGAGCAAAUGAAUCUAAGGAGCUGAUCAUCCAGAAGCUGGUGGCCCUUCUCCAAGAAGUGGAUGGCCAGUUGGGGGAGCAGAUCAGGCAACACCCCAGCUUUAAGAAGUUUUUUUACAAGCUCUCAGACUCUUCCCUCAGAAAGCUCGUAGCCACCCUGCGCACCCAGGAGGCCCACUCCACGGAGCCCAAGAGACCCUAUCCGUUUGUCUUUGGCUUGGCUAACAAAUGUGCUGGCAGCAAUUACCAAGCCGUCCUCAGCCUCACGGGCCUACACUACAGGCGACCGAGUUUUAGCCAGUUCCCAUACAGGGAGGACCAGCAGAGCGACACAAAUCCUCAGAGCCAGAGUCCAGACUGA